AUGGUCGACUAUAAAGUGACGGCGUUGCCAGGGCCAAAGUCUUUGCCGUCCGACGAGCAGGAAGACUACUUACGCACGGAUUCCCCUCUGGACGAGAGUACCCCCCUGCGGCCAACGGCCUACCCGGCCGAGCCCGGCAAAACGGCCAUCGCCAUCGUGCUACUGAUCGUGUCCGUGAUCAGUAACGGACUGGUCGUCGCCCACAUUCACCAAGUGGCCACCGCGAACCUUAACGACACCUCGCCGUUGAACGAUCUCGUCUUCGACCUGGUGCCUCAGCAGCUGUGGGCGUGGACCGUCGCCGACGUGCUGGUUGCCGUGUGUAGCGCCGUUGCCUUCCUGCUGAUCUUGUUCCACGCCCAUUGGUCGAUCGUUCUCCGCCGUUUCGCACUCCUCGUCUCUGUACUGUACCUGUUGAGGGCGCUAUUCCUCCUGUGCACGUACUUGCCGCCUCCGUUCCCGGAUGCCGUUGACCGAUGCUUGCCCCCGAUCGUUAUUUCUGAGCAGCCUCUGGAAUACAUCCGUCGUGCCUUCAGCCUGGUGGUGACCGUCGGCAUCAGCAGCGACUGUAGCCGCAUCCUCUGCGGAGACACGAUUUACAGCGGUCAUACGAUGGUCUACUGUAUGGUCUGUCUGAACGCUUGGUACUACUGCCCACAGCCGCUCAGACCGUACGUCCCGGUCGGAAUGACCGUGGCCGUCGUUUUUGGCCUCAUUGCUGUAGUCAUUUCCAGGCAGCACUACACAAUCGACGUGGUGAUUGCUAUUUUCGUUACAUUCGUCAUCUUCUACGGCUACCACCACUGGACAUAUUGCAAACGAGAAUUACCGGAGCGCAAGAACCUGCGAAUCAUGCGGCCCCUGUACAUCGUAUUUCUGUUCUUUGAACUGCAGGUACCUAGCGGCCAGCUACCUCGCGAUAUGAGCUGGCCGUUCCGUAGACCGAAGCUGCUGGUUCGUUUCUUCGACCGGCUGAGCCAUCGAUACAGUCGGCCGGGUGACGGUGUCUGCGACAACCCAAACGCCGUACAUUACUGCUGA